UUCUAGAACCGGGGCAGAAUGGGGUGAAGCGUGAGGCCAACUCGAGGUUGCUGCUUUCCAGUGGGGCGCAGGGUUUGGAUUUGUCGUUUAGCUCCGGUCUGUUGAGCAGGGCCCUUGGAGCGGUGGGCCCCGUCUUGGCAGUGAAGGAGUCAAGAGCAUGUGGUCUUUUCCUCCCUGGAAUCGGCAUCCUGCCUUCUCGGCCUUUGGCUGUGGUGGAGGCUGUGCAUCGACUUGACCUCAUCCUUUGCAACAAAACCGCUUAUCAAGAAGUGUUCAAACCAGAGAACAUUAGCCUGAGGAACAAGCUGCGCGAGCUCUGCGUCAAGCUUAUGUUCCUGCACCCAGUGGACUAUGGGAGGAAGGCUGAGGAGCUGCUAUGGAGAAAGGUAUACUACGAAGUUAUUCAGCUUAUCAAGACUAACAAAAAGCACAUCCACAGCCGGAGCACCUUGGAAUGUGCCUACAGGACGCACCUGGUCGCUGGGAUUGGCUUCUACCAGCAUCUGCUUCUCUAUAUCCAGUCCCACUACCAGCUGGAACUUCAGUGCUGCAUUGACUGGACCCAUGUCACCGACCCCCUCAUAGGAUGCAGGAAGCCAGUGUCGGCUUCGGGAAAGGAGAUGGACUGGGCACAGAUGGCGUGUCACCGAUGUCUCAUGUACCUGGGGGACUUGUCGCGAUAUCAGAAUGAAUUAGCUGGUGUAGACACCGAGCUGCUAGCUGAGAGAUUUUACUACCAAGCCUUGUCAGUAGCUCCCCAGAUUGGAAUGCCCUUCAACCAGCUGGGCACGCUUGCAGGCGGCAAGUACUACAGCGUGGAGGCCAUGUACUGUUACCUGCGCUGCAUCCAGUCGGAAGUGUCCUUUGAGGGGGCCUAUGGGAAUCUCAAGCGGCUGUAUGACAAGGCAGCCAAAAUGUACCACCAGUUGAAGAAGUGCGAGGCUCGGAAACUGUCUCCCAGCAAGAAGCGAUGUAAAGAUAUCAAGAGGUUGCUAGUGAACUUCAUGUACCUGCAAAGCCUCCUGCAGCCCAGGAGCAGCCCGGUGGACUCAGAGCUGACGUCACUCUGCCAGUCAGUCCUGGAGGACUUCAACCUCUGCCUCUUCUACCUGCCCCCGUCCCCCAGCCUCAGCCUGGCCAGCGAGGGCGAGGAGGACUAUGAGGGCGGCUACGCUUUCCUCCCGGACCUCCUCAUCUUUCAGAUGGUCAUCAUCUGUCUCAUGGGCGUGCACAGCUUGAAGAGAGCAGGCUCCAAGCAAUACAGCGCGGCCAUUGCCUUCACCCUGGCCCUCUUCUCCCACCUGGUCAACCACGUCAAUAUACGGCUGCAGGCUGAGCUGGAGGAGGGCGAGAACCCCGUGCCGACGUUCCAGAGCGAAGGCACAGAUGAGCCCUUGGAGAAGGAGGAGGCGCCAGGCCCUGAGCCCCCUCCCGCAGCACCUCCUGCAGCACCUCCCUCAGGUGAGGUCAGAAAGAGCCGGAAGUUCUCCCGUCUCUCCUGCCUCCGCCGUCGCCGCCACCCACCCAGAGCUGGAGAGGACAGUGACCUGAGCGAAGGCUUCGACUCAGACUCCAGCCACGACUCGGCCAGGGCCAGCGAGGGCUCGGACAGUGGGUCCGACAAGAGUCUCGAAGGUGGGGGAACGGCCUUUGAUGCUGAGACAGACUCAGAAAUGAACAGCCAGGAGUCCCGGUCAGACCUGGAAGACAUGGAGGAUGAGGAGGGGACACGGUCCCCAGCCCUGGAGCCUGCUCGGCCCAGGUCAGAGGCUCCCGAGUCUCUCAAUGGCCCCCUGGGCCCCGGUGAAGAUAGCAUUGCCAGCAACCUGCAAGCCAUGUCCACCCAGAUGUUCCAGACCAAGCGCUGCUUCCGACUGGCCCCCACCUUCAGCAACCUGCUCCUCCAGCCCCCCAGCGAACCUCACAUCGUGGCCAGCCGCACACCCUGUGUCAACGGAGAUGCGGACAAGCCCUCGGAGCCAGCCUCUGAGGAGGGCUCCGAGUCGGAGGGCAGUGAGUCCAGCGGGCACUCCUGUCGGAAUGAGCGCAGCGUCCAGGAGAAGCUACAAGUUUUGGCGGCCGAAGGCUUGCUUCCCGCCGUGAAGGUCUUCCUGGACUGGUUGCGGGCCAACCCUGACCUCAUCGUCGUGUGUGCGCAGAGCUCUCAAAGUCUGUGGAAUCGCCUGUCUGUGUUGCUGAACCUGUUGCCAGCUGCUGGUGAGCUCCAGGAGUCUGGCCUGGCCCUGUGUCCCGAGGUCCAAGACCUUCUCGAAGGUUGUGAACUGCCUGACCUGCCCUCCAGCCUGCUGCUCCCAGAGGACACAGCCCUUCGUAAUCUGCCUCCCCUCCGGGCUGCCCAUCGACGCUUUAACUUUGACACGGAUCGGUCCCUGCUUAGCACCUUAGAGGAGUCGGUCGUGCGCAUUUGCUGCAUCCGCAGCUUUGGCCACUUCGUGGCCCGCCUGCAAGGCAGCAUCCUGCAGUUCAGCACGGAGGCCGGCAUUUUCGUGAGCAUCGCCCAGUCGGAGCAGGAGGGCGUGCUGCAACAGGCCCAGGCGCAGUUCCGCAUGGCACAGGAGGAAGCCCGUCGGAACAGGCUGAUGAGAGACAUGGCCCAGCUGCGACUUCAGCUCGAGGUCUCUCAGCUGGAAGGGAGCCUGCAGCAGCCCAAGGCCCAGUCGGCAAUGUCUCCCUACCUCGUCCCCGACACCCAGGCCCUCUGCCACCACCUCCCGGUCAUCCGCCAGCUGGCCACCAGCGGCCGCUUCAUUGUCAUCAUCCCAAGGACAGUGAUCGAUGGCCUGGACUUGCUGAAGAAGGAACACCCAGGGGCCCGGGAUGGGAUCCGAUACUUGGAGGCAGAGUUUAAGAAAGGAAACAGGUAUAUUCGCUGCCAGAAAGAGGUGGGAAAGAGCUUCGAGCGGCAUAAGCUGAAGAGGCAGGAUGCAGACGCCUGGACUCUCUAUAAGAUCCUGGACAGCUGCAAACAGUUGACUCUGGCCCAGGGGGCAGGUGAGGAGGACCCGAGCGGCAUGGUGACCAUCGUCACAGGCCUUCCACUGGACAACCCCGGUGCGCUCUCAGGCCCUAUGCAGGCAGCUCUGCAGGCCGCCGCACACGCCAGUGUGGACAUCAAGAAUGUUCUGGACUUCUACAAGCAGUGGAAGGAGAUUGGUUGAGACGGACCCCCAGGCCCUGCAGUGGGGCUGCAUCCAGAUCUCUCCUGCCCUCCCUGGCAGCCAGGACCACCACCUGUAGUCACCCCACCACACGCAGACUCACGCACGCACGCAGGAAGGAAGCCCAGCUGCACACAGGCCGCAGGGAGGGCCCGGGAGCCACAGGGAGGGCCCAGAGCCGGCUGGGAGGGCGGGUCCCCCUGUCGCCAAGACGACGUCAGGAAAGUGGGGGAAGUGCUGGGCGCAGGAGAGGCCUGUGGGCCCCCAGCCAGCCCUUCUGCCUCAGCCCCCUGCUGUCACCAGGGGCAGGUGGCAGGCGUGGGCGUCUGCGUUCCAUUGGAGUGGUUUGUGGACCUCUGAGGGGAAGGGACAGCAGAAGGGCCCCCCUUCCUCACUCAAGACGCAGGGUGGUUGGCGUCAGGAGUUGGAUCCUCUGGUGCCAGGGGAGGAAUUGGGUAACACCGGAUGUGUGGGUGGUUCUCUGCAGACCCUUCCCCUCCUGGAGGACCCCCCAUCCUCCCCUCCCUUUGCACAGGCGGGGGCAGUUCUGGAGCCAUGGGGACUCUUCCAGAAGAGGGCCUGGAGCUGCUGGCACCAAGAGCAGGGCCAGGGCUCGCCCCCUCCUGCUGCUGUGGGAGCCACGCACCCAGCCGCCCCACUUCUGCCCUCGCUCCGCGUCUGCCCAGCUUCCAGGGCACGGAGCAGGCCCCUCUUGACGGCAGGCUGGCCCCGUGGGCCAGCGAGGGUCCCGGGCCCACCAGCCCCACAGUCGUGAUCUGUGCAGGGGGCGGAGUGCGAUGCCAGGAAGGGGGGGGUGCGGUGCCAGGCCACCAGCCCCCUGACGGUCUGGGAGAGGCCUGCGUGGAGGUGGGCCGCAGAGAGGAGGGGCCCGUCGAGCUGCCUGGUCGGGGGCCUGCUGUCCUACUGGGGCUGAGCAUGGGGCUCGCUUGCUCGUGGCCGGUGGCGAGGUGAACGCGGGAGCCGAGAUCAUGAAUCGCUCAGGGCAGGCGUGGGGGAGGCUCUGGCCCGGGCCGCCUCGGCCCCUUGCCCUGGGGCUGGCCAGGAGCUCGUGGGAGGGGGCGGCGGGGCUCGGCUCUGCCGCCCCCACCCCAGCGCUAGCCUAGCUUCCCAGGCUGUUCUCAGAGGAGAGCAGGCUUCUUGCCUCCUUCCUCUAAGACAGCAAGUCUGGGACGACCUGGGGGCAGUGGGGUCACCCCGACUCCCAGUCCCUGGCAGAGACUGAGACUAAAGCAUCACUUAAUAAAGAUCCCUCGAAGCCCA